AUGUUCUCCCCGGCCAUCGGGAGAGCUGCCCGCACCGCCAACACCUUUUCCUGCGCCCCAGCCAGCUGCCUGCUCCGCGCAACGCUGGAUCCUGCGCCGCAACAAGCCUUCCGCCCGCGUUACCAACGCCGUCUGUCGUCCUCGAAGCCGUCAUCCCCACCAAGCAGCCGGAAGAAGGCUGGGGUAUUGGAAGAGAAUGCCUCGGCAAAACAGGUGGGCUCAGAGCCGCCUUCGAUGGGCGCAAAAACGAAACAAAAAGAAGCCUCCACUGCCCCGCCCAAGCACAACAUUCCCUAUGUUCCCUCGACCGAUCACACAGACUCAGCUGAGGUGAAAAUGGCCUCCUUCUUUGGCCUCCACCGUCCCUUGUCCUCCCUCAAGCCUGUGAUACCACGACCAACGUCCACCGCAGAAUUCGAUGCCCUCUUCGAUCCCGCGCACUUCCAAGACGCCCAGAAAAGACAAGUCGCAAGCAAAGUGCUUCAACACACUGUCGAUACACUGGUAGAGGCCAUGGAGGACCUGCGCGCGGCGAAUCCAGACGACUAUGAAAUGUAUGUCUCUGCGCCCCAAGCACGAGAGGAGCCUGUAUACCAUCUUGACCGGCUGCACGAGCACACGGAACAGAGCAUCCUCAACUUGGCCUCCCGCAUGAUUCCUUUUGCGCCGCCUCCGGCACCCACACCCCACGAUAAACUAGCUGUCCAAUUCAAGGCCAUUACGCGCACCCUAGCCGGGGACGUCGAUCGCACCAACACACAAUCCUCAUUCCCAGCGCUUCGUGCCGCGCGAUCAACACCGUUUCGGGCCCACGUCGCGCGCCGGCGAUUGGUAGACAGUAUGCUGCUCAUUAGCGUGAAGAGGCAGAGGAAGCUGAAAAUGAAGAAGCACAAGUAUAAGAAGCUUAUGAAGAAGACGAGGCUGCUGCGAAGGAAGCUAGAUAGGCUAUAG